GACGCAAUCUCGAAUUCCGAGUCACGAGACCUCAAAGGCAAACUCCUCGGCCAUUUUGUCCCCCUUGGCUAAGACGCCACUAGUAUUGGAUUUUGGACCUUUAUCUUUCCUCCGUUGCGUUAAAGGCGGAAUAAUUUCAAUAAUGGCAUCAAGGAAGAAAGUUUUGUUAAAAGUUAUUAUCCUCGGGGACAGUGGAGUGGGUAAGACAUCACUUAUGAACCAGUAUGUGAACAAGAAGUUCAGCAAUCAGUACAAGGCUACCAUUGGUGCAGAUUUCUUGACCAAAGAAGUAAUGGUAGAUGACAGACUUGUCACUAUGCAGAUUUGGGACACUGCCGGACAAGAAAGGUUUCAGAGUUUAGGCGUGGCAUUCUACAGAGGAGCAGACUGUUGUGUGCUUGUUUUUGAUGUAACACAGCCAAACUCAUUCAAGACUUUGGACAGCUGGAGAGAUGAGUUCUUGAUCCAGGCCAGUCCAAGGGAUCCUGAGAAUUUUCCAUUUGUUGUUCUGGGCAACAAGAUUGACUUAGAAAACAGAGCAGUCUCGGCAAAGAGAGCUCAGGCCUGGUGCCACUCCAAAAAUGAUAUUCCAUACUUUGAGACCAGUGCCAAGGAGGCCAUCAAUGUUGAACAAGCGUUCCAGACUAUAGCAAAGAAUGCUUUGGCCCAGGAGACUGAUGUUGAAUUAUACAAUGAUUUCCCAGAUCAAAUCAAACUCUCUGGCGACACUAAACCAAAGCAAGACAACUGUGCAUGCUAAAAUCUGAUUUCUUAAAAAAAUAUGUGCAUUGUAUUUUGAACUUGUUGCAAAACAUCCUAGCCAUAUGCUGCUGCACUCCAAAAGUGUUGCAGUAAUAAAUUGUUCAUGAUGUUACUAUCAGCCAACAGGAAACAGUAGCAUUUUAGCAGAUCCCUUCAAGGCAUCACUGCAGUUGGGUGAAGAUGAGGACUGUCAUGACAUAUACAAAACGUUACAAAAUUAUCACUCAUUAUUAAAGCAUUACUUAAUUUUUUAGUCACUGCUAAGUUGAAUGAUUUUGGUCAGUGUUAUCUAGGAGUAAUUUGUUUUGGGAUGUAAAUCUGCCUCUGGUGAACUUAAUAAUCAUCCAGUUUAGAUUUAGAUUUAUCAUUGUUGUUCUGGGAUAUAGAACCAUUCUUUUCCAAAUACAGUCUACAGUAUUCAUGGCUUGUCAAUAAUCAGAAAUAGAUGAGAUUUUCAAACUCUAACAAAACAAAAACAUGGAAUAAAAUCACUUAAUUCUU